UAAACCAAAUCCUCCAGCAAACCGGUGAAGACCCAUAGACCACACCUACCGAUUACCCCGCCCUUUCAUUCUACCACCACCUCCUCUCCCUUUUGUCAUCUUCCAACGGUCCCAAUUUUUCCAUAUAUCUUCCAUUUUCAAGAACAACUUCCCCAUGAAUUCUUGAAUCCAAGAAGACCCACAACGAUCGAAGAAGAUGUUGAAGAGCGAAGGAUCAGAAAGUGAGAAUGUCGCAUUCGAACAUUCCGGAUGGGUUUAUCAUCUGGGCACCAAUUCCAUCAAACGCGAAUAUUGUCAUCGGAGAUUUCUGCAUAUUAAGGGCAAAUACGUUAUGAUGUAUAAGCGUAAUCCUAACGAGCAUGCAGGAACUAAACCAAUAAGGAGGGGUGUUGUUGGCCACACACUUGUGCUGGAGGAGCUGGGAUGUCGCAAGGUCAAUGAUGGUGAACUUUAUGUUCUGAAAUUCUCCAAUCGAUUGGAUGAGGAUAAAAAGGGAGAAAUUGCUUGUGCUACAGCCGGAGAAACCCAAAAAUGGAUGGAAGCAUUAGAACAAGCUAAGAAACAGGCUGAGUAUGAACUUUCUCAAAGUUCUAAUACCCGGAACAAAUUGAGCAUGGAAAACGAGAUUACUCUUGGAAAACAUGGUCGUCGCCAUAGGGUGAGACAAUAUGCCAAUGGUUUAAAGAGGCUCAUAAGUACAAAAGGCGGUGGUGAGUCACUUGUACGUAAAUCAUUAACCUUUAGUGUAAGUAACAAGAAUGCUGACUUCUGCGAAUUCGAUGCUGCUGAUGUCAUUGAAGAACAUGAGUGGAAAUGUGUAUGUGCAUUAUAUGGUGUUAGAAUCUUUGAGGAUGUGUCUGGUUAUAAGGGCGGUAAAGGUGUCCUUGUGAAGGCUGUUACUUAUAUGGAUGUGAGUGCAGAUUCCAUUUUUGAGGUGAUAAUGAGCCUUGAUCGACAACAAAGAUAUGAGUGGGAUACGUUGACAAGUGACGUGGAACUCGUAGACUCUUUAAGUGAACAUUCUGAUGUUGUUUAUGGGACUUAUGAUUCUAGAUAUUUAACACGGUGGAAGUGUAAGCGCGAUUUCAUAUUCUCUAGGCAAUGGUUUCGUGAUCAAGAUGGAACAUACACAAUCUUGCAGUUUCCCGCAGUACAUAAGAAGCGACCUCCAAAAGCAGGAUAUAGGCGAACAAAAAUUAACCCAUCCACUUGGGAGAUCAAGAACUUAAACACACGUGCGCCAACGAAUGGUAGUAGGUGUCUUGUAACACACAUGUUAGACGUACAUUCUAAAGGCUGGUCUAGAUGGAAGGCUAAUCAAUCCUCCAAGUUUGAAAAAACGGUUCCCUUUGCUUUGUUGAGCCAAGUAUCAGGUUUAAAGGCUUACACCUGUGCAAAAUCCGCAACAUCCACAGUUUUGGAUAAGGAAGUUUCUUUGUCGGUUAACGACUUUGAGGAUGACGAUGAAGUUGCUGAUCACUUUUAUGAUGCAAUUUCUGCUUAUCCCUCCUCCUCAUCGUCAUCAGAAGAUGAUGAUUACGAUGAUAUUGAUUAUGAUGACGCACAAGAUGUCUGCAAGGAUCAAAGUUUGAAACCGACAGUUUCCGGCUUGAAUCAAAAGAUGAACCCAGACCCUGGUUCUAGCCACUUAUGUGGUUCUCUGUGUGAAGCAAAGAGUGAAACCGAUACCAACUGUUGGAUGUCUCCAAGUGGUACGGGAUUUAUGAUACGAGGAAAGACAUACUUAAAAGAUAGUGCUAAGGUAUCCGGAGGGGAUCCCCUUUUGAAACUUAUAGCAGUUGACUGGUUUAAAGUCAACAAUCCAGCAAGUAAGGUGGCUUUGCAUCCCAAAUGUCUUCUUCAGUCGGAAGCAGGGAAAAAACUUCCAUUUGUCCUGGUCAUGAACCUGCAGGUGCCUGCUAAACCUAACUACAGUCUAGUUCUCUACUUUGCUUCUGAUAAGCCGGUUGUAAAGGACUCCUUGUUGGGAAGGUUCAUUGAUGAAAGUAACACUUUUCGUGAUUCAAGAUUCAAAUUGAUCCCGAGUAUCGUUGAGGGAUAUUGGAUGGUAAAACGGGCCGUCGGAACAAAAGCUUGCCUAUUAGGGAAGGCUGUAUCAUGCAACUAUCUAAGACAAGACAACUUCUUAGAGAUUGAUGUGGAUAUUGGUUCCUCAUCUGUUGCAAGAAAUGUCAUUGGUAUCGUUCUUGGAUAUGUAACGAGCAUCGUUGUUGAUCUUGCCAUCUUAAUAGAGGGCAAGGAACAAGAAGAACUUCCGGAGUACAUUCUUGGAACUGUUCGGUUAAAUAGAGUGAGGCCCGAGACGGCAGUUUCUCUCGAAAGUUAAGCCAAAUGACCUUAUUACCCUUCACCUUGAACUAGUGACAUCAAAUUUCUGUUUGAUCAUAGCGGUCAAAUCCAGGGUACACUAAUCAUUGAAUUACUAUAUUGUGGGGUUGGAGUUAUGCUUUUUUGUGAUAUUAUGUAAUUAUUUAAUAUGACAAUAAUAAAUGAUAAUUGAGAAGUGAAA